UCCUGCCCCCAGCCCCGUGCACUGGAAACUACCGCCUGCCAGAAGGGCGUGGGGGCAGGACAGGAAAGCGGGGAGCUGGGUGGUGCCUAGAGAGGUGGCAUUUUGUCUUGUUUUAUUUUAAAGAUCACAGAGUAAUUGGAAACAAUUAUUUUUUAAUUAAUAACUUGGAAAAGGUGAGCAGAAACAUUUCACAAGGUUUUACUAUAGGCACACCAAAAAUAAAACACUUUUUGCUAUGCUUCAAUAAUUUAUCACUUCUUGACAGGGGCUCGAAAAGGGCCCAGUCUGUAAGUACAAAUCACCAAUUUGCUCUUUUAUAAAUGACUUCUUUUAAGGAGAAAAUGGAUGUCCCUCCAAGUGGAGCACACACGUUCUCAUUUGUUUUGUAGAAUAUGUGGGGCCGCCAGGGGAGCCCGUCCCUCAUUCACACACAUCAGCCGCUGCUGAAAGCAAUUUCAUUGUUAUCUGCCGCCAAUCUGGAGCAUCCUAUUUUUGCUAGAUUCUUCCCUGACCUCCCUUUCAGUAUAUAAGUCUUUAUUUUCCCCUUGCCAUCUUUCUAUUUUAAUAGCUCUCCGGUGGAGUCGUGUUUUCAAGCAUGGAACUACUUUUAAUCAAGAUCGACUUUGGGAACCGCCAUCAUUUUUAUGUGACCAUCAGGAGCAGCCUGGAUUUCAUGGGAUUUCUGCUUCAAGCUAGAAGAGUGUCCCAUCACCACGUAGCUGGUGCUUUUGUCUUCAUUCCUCCUUACUCCAAACUGAUGGCUUAUUUUGAAGAGGCUGAUGCAGUCACCCACUUGGACAAGUCCAGGAAGAGAAACCUAUCACUUGUGUGGAAGGCGCCCGCCCAGCGGGGGGAUGUCAGGUUCCUGUUGUCUGUGGCCCAGUCAUAUUUUGUUUACUGGCCGAGGAGGACAGAAUCAUCUCUGGUGUCUCAGCGAACACACAGCAGAGCUGGUCCUGAUGGCCGCGGGGAGCAGGGCCCAUGGCGCCAGCCUCCGGACUGUGGCCAGAGGGCAUGGAAGACCCGGGCCCAGUGCCCUCACUCCCUUUGCGGUGUCUGCUUAGCUCCCAGGCCCCUGGACCCUGUGACGUGGCUGCAUUCAGAGGCGUCCGCAGCGAUUCCCACUGGGGCUGCAGAAAAGGGCAGCUCAGACCCUGUGCCAGCCAGGAUUGGGGUGACUGUGGUUCCUGAGAGCACACUGAGCCAACCAUCUUCACAUGCAGCUGCUGUGGUCAGCAAAAGCCAGCGACUCAGCGGGGACAGCAGCCCGGCCCUAGAACUGUCUCUGGAAGUUCCGGGGCCGGAGCAGCUCUUGGGCCUCAGAAGAUCCUCUUGGGAUGGGCUGACUCCCAGCCCCGGUGCCCGGCACAGAACAAGAUGGAGGUCGGGGCUGAUUCCUCCUCUGUACGCAGCCCAUCCUGCCCAGCGCCAGGUCUCUGAAGAGCGCACCCCAGGAGAUGGGGAGGGGCAGCCAGCCCAGCUCCUGUCUCCACCCCUCUGUCACCUUUGGGCCACCCACUGCAGGAGGCCGGUCAGUGCACAGGGGCUGAGAGUGGGACAGGGAAGCUGGGAGGGUGGGACAGGGUACUCCCACCCCCCAAAGCCCAAACCCAGGCCUGAGCCUGGGCAACGUGCGCCUUUGGGCAUCCAGCUUGCUAGUCCCCAGCUGGGCGUACUGCUUUGCCUUGCGGCCACCUUGGGCACAGCCCUGACCGCUGGCCUGUGCUCCCUUACACCCAGCACUGCACAGGUGCAGAGGAGCGGUGCUGGCCAGAAACUGGGGGAGAAGAGGUUUGUUUGGGUUGAAGCGGAAUCCAACUGGAUCCCUCCCUCUGUGGGUAUUAAGAAAGCCAUCCUCUGA